GGGAGAUGAGAUGCGCCUCCAGGCGUAUGCCCCCGUUGAUUGAUUUUCUUUUCGUCGUAUAGAGUAGGCGAUCACUUCUUUCUGCCCCUGAACAUUUUUCGUUUCUUUUUAUUUCCUUUUUAUGUUCAAACAUUCCAUGUUUCCUCUUCUUUAGUAGCCUCUAUUCACUGAGCAAUUAUUUUUCUUUUGCCUUUGUCAUAUUUCAUUUUCUAUUUUUUUUGUGGUAUAUAGUUUCCGACCAUUUCAUUCUGCCUCUGCACAUUUCUCGUUUUCUUCCGGUCAGUGUGUUUCGGCAAGCCCGAGGUGGCCAAUGCGACGACAGACUGGAGCGACACCAUGUGGACAGUCGGGGAGAGUAUCAACGUAACGUGCAACGACGGGUUCUUUGACCUCAACGAGAACACCGACAGGCGGAACAUGACGUGUACUGACGAUGGCUGGGAAGAAUUACAAGGCUGCGUCCGAGUGUGUCCGGACGACCUGGAGGUGGGCAACGCGACGGUAAAGGAGAAGGGCAGCGUGUGGGAAGUAGGCAAAAAGAACACGGCCACUUGUAUCGACGACUACCUCUUCGUGAGCGUGAAGAACUCAACGCUGGAGGUGGCGUGUACCGAGGACGGGUGGGAGGAGACGGAAGGGUGUUUGAAAGUGUGCGAGGGAGAACCUGAAGUCGCCAAUGGAACUACGAACUGGAGUUCUGACGAAGUGUGGCCCGAGGGUUCCCACGUCCAAGGCACAUGUGACGAAGGCCUCUACCUGCACCCCAGCGUAGACACUCAGCAAAAGGUAGUCUGCACCAUUAAUGGCUGGCAGGACGCGACCCCCUGCGAACAAGUGUGCUUCGAGGACCCGGACUUGUCGGAUGAGCACGCGUUUUGGAACAAAGACACGGACCCUGGGCGGCUGGGGGACGAGGUGCCCGCCAGAUGCAUGAACAACUACUACAACGAGGCCUCGCUUAAUGAGACCAGCACCACCGUCCGCUGCACCCCUGAUGGCUGGGAGGCUGUCCAUCCCUGCAUUCUGUCGUGCAGAGAGCCUCCGAACUUUGGAAACUUGGCCAUCGAUUGGGUGGAAAGGAAGCCGGGGAUACUGGACGAGAAGGUGUGGCUUGAUUGUCCAGAAGGUUACCGCAACAAAGACAACCUGACCCAAACCACCACUCUCGUCCGCUGCACGGAAGACGACUGGGACCACGUGGACACCUGCGUGCAAGUAUGUGAAGAGGACCCAGACACUGCCAAAAACAAGAUAGUGUGGGAAUUCGGCCAUGUAGGGGUUGUGAUGAACGUGGUGGAAACAGAGUGCGAGGAGAACCACUACAGCAACAAGACACUCACUGACAACACAACCGACGUGAUAUGUACCGGGAAUGGUUGGGUAGUCCCGUAUCCCUGUGUACGAGUUUGCAGCGAGCCCCCAGACUUCGGAGAUGUGCCCGUGGACUGGGGGUCGCAGGGCCCGAGGAGGAUAGCCGAUAAGGUGUCCGUGGACUGCCCAGACGGUUACCGCAAUAAUGACACACUCACGUCCUCCACCACCACUGUCAGCUGUACCCUGGACGGAUGGGCCCACUUGGACGCCUGUGUCAGAGCAUGCACAGAGGACCCUGAUGCGGAGGCAGCGAAAAUAAAGUGGGAAUCGGGCUUCGUGGCGACUGUGGAUGCGGCGCUGACAGUGGACUGUCGUGAAGACUAUUACAGCAACGAGACCCUCAACGGUACCUCCACGCAAGUACGCUGUCUGGAGGCUGGCUGGUGGGUCGUCCAUCCUUGUGUGAGAGUGUGCACCAACACGCCAGACUUCGGUGACGUGACCUUGGAAUGGGACGACGAGAGAGAGCCUGGGCGAGUGUCUGAUGAGGUGACGCUUGCUUGUCCAGAGAAACACAGGAGCAACACCACUCUGACCUCCCACAACACGACGAUCAUUUGCACCCCUGACGACUGGGUGAACGUCGACCCGUGUGUGAAAGUGUGUCGUGAGCGACUGAACAUCAUCAACGCCCAUUCCAACUUCGACCUGCGGACCUGGACGGAGGGGCAGGAGCUUCUAGUGGUGUGCCUCCGCCAGCACCGCGUGUCCCCCGACACCUACACCUACACCGUCCCCUGCACCGAGACAGGCUGGCUCAAUGUCACCGCUAACUGUUCCUAUUGGCCAACCAUCUUCAUUAUGAAGCCGUACGAAAGACUGCAGGAGGUGAUGAGUAUCUCCCCUGCACACCGAGUCAUCAGAGAACUGCUGGGCACCCCAAAGCUAAGGACCACUCUCUACACUAGCUCUGCUGGCGUUACUUCUCUUGAGUACCCGAAGAUACAGUGCCAUCCUGGCGUCAAGCCCUCGUGA